GUAGGUCUUCCAAACAUAUUUUAAUUUGCACAUUGAAUUCUGUUCUCCUUUAGAGAACGGAGAGAGACAAUGGAUUCAAAAAUGGAGGAGAAAGAUUUUCUAGCAUGCUGUGGCAGCAAGAAAUUUGCAGAAGAAAUGACCUCAUCUGGCCCCUUUGCCAACUUGGAUCAAGCUAUUGAUGCAGCGAGAGACAUAUGGUUCAACAAGGUCGAUGUGAAUGGUUGGCUUGAAGCGUUCGCUGCUCAUCCCCAGAUCGGCCAAAACCCAUCUGCUAAACACCCAAGUGAUACCAGUGCACAGUGGAGCAAGGGAGAGCAAUCAACUGCGUUGCAAACGGCCACUGAUUCUAGCUUACAGGAACUAUCUGACUGGAAUGCUCGGUAUUGGAAAAAAUUUGGAUUUGUUUUCCUUAUAUGUGCAUCUGGGAGGACUGCUUCCGAAAUACUUGCUGAAUUAAAGAGACGGUACCCAAACAGGCCCAUAGUUGAGUUUGAGAUUGCAGCCCAGGAACAAAUGAAAGUUACUGAACUGCGUCUUGCCAAGCUUUUUUCAACUCAAGUGAAAGCUGCUUCAAUCAGCACUCAAAACCCCGAAACUGCUGCAAAAAAAGCUGGAGAAGAUCGUGUGAGCAUAAUUGGAGCACAUCUGACUGCUACUUCUGAGGCUUCCGCUGGAAAAACACCCCAAAUUUCACCUCGCACUCGUCCACCAAUCACAACCCAUGUUUUGGACGUUGCACGUGGAUCUCCAGCUGCUGGCAUUGAGGUGCGUCUAGAAAUGUGGAAAGGCAAUCAGCCCCGUCCAUUGUUUGGCCAGGAAGAUGAGGGUGGUUGGGUCCUUGAAGGGUCCUCCAUUACAGAUAAAGAUGGGCGAAGUGGUCAACUGAUGAGCAUGAUUGAUGCCCUGAACCCUGGCAUAUACAAAAUAAGUUUCAACACUGGCAAGUACUGCCCAUCUGGGUUCUUUCCCUAUGUCUCCAUCCUGUUUGAGAUCAAGGAGUCACAGAAAUGGGAGCAUUUUCACGUUCCUCUGCUGCUUUCUCCAUUUUCAUUCUCUACUUACCGAGGCAGCUAGAACUUUGCCAUCAGUUUGUUGAUAAACAGUUUGUACAUUUCUGGGCAAACAGUCUGAGAUACUCUUAUCUCUUUAUAUGGUUGGAAAUUGAAGUAGAACAAAUAAUAAUGCUGGGAUGCUUCUA